AAUGGCGAUGGUUUGACAAUUUGUGUUGGUCAGCCACCUGUUUCUUUUAGUUGUUAUAGUCACACUGGGGGAAGGGUGUUGAUAAAAACGAAAGAAAUCCCUAGGUGAUAAAGCUGCGUAUGAAUUCAAAGGAUAAAGAAACCUCACAAGGCGGGAUCGAAGCCGCAAGUGUCUCUGAUACCCAAGCUUCCACUGGUGCCAGUGCUCUGCCUAAGAGUGAGGACAACAUGAAACGAGCAGCAGUGCGCCAGCUGAUUGAGAAGUACUACACUCAGCUGACAGAUGGGUGUGGCAAGGCAGACUGCGCCAACAAGGCAUGUGCAUCGUGCCCUGGGUUCUGUUACAAGCACAUCGACCGCAAUCAGCUAGCAGUCCAUGCCAUGAAGUUGUGCCAAGAGAAGGCGGAUCUCUGUGAUCAACAGCCCAAGAAAGUGGCCAAGUUUCCCGUCCAAGAAACCAGCCAAGGCACUUCAUCAAAAGCAAACAAGCCUGAUGGGGAUGGUGCCUCAACAUCAGGCCACAUCAGCAGCAAAAGUAUUGCCUCUGAGGCCAAGAUAUACACAAGAAUUCCAGAAGUGAAAUUCCUAACACUUGAGAAAAUGAAGGGAGUAGUUGAAAGGUGUAAAGCACAAAGCGACUGGGCAGAACUGAUAAGAACUAUUGGAGAAGUGUUCAAUAAUCCGGAGUCACUCCUGCGGAGUUUCCGGAAAACUGAAAGCAAGCCAGAGAUUGAAGAAAAGUCAGCUAAAGUACAGGGAGAAGGGGAAGGGUCUCUUUCUAAUCCAGUUCAGGAGACUUGUGGAGCAAGUGCCAUGGCAACAGCCACUGCCCCACUCUCGGUAUCGGAUAUACAUAAUGAACAUACAUUAGAUCUAGACUCUUUACGGGAGAUGUAUUCAAUAUUAAUGGAUAUUCCUGAUCAUCCAUUUCAGGGGGCUCUGAAUCACGCACUUCUUGUUCUCUCAAACACAGUUGAUAUGGAUUUGAAAUACCACCAUGCGUAUGAUCGUGAUCCCAACUAUAUCAACAUCUUCAUCAUAGUGCUAGAGAUUCCACUCCUUCACAGCCCAGAAUUUAUUGAAAGUGCAUUUCCUGUGUUUUGUCGAGCCCUUGGUCAGUUGUCAGUCAAAGGCCAGGCGAAGCUAGCGCAAGUGUGGUCAACAUUCGGGACAGAUAAACUGCGGGAAACGUUGCAGUCCUUGCAACAGCUCAUCACGGUGAAGGUGAUUAAGGAGGAAGGGCAGUGGGGGCGGGGUUAUCACUUGAACGAUGAUGAAGGCAUUCUAAAUGCAACCAAAGUCAUGAAGAUAUUGUUCUAUGCCAGUAUUUAUGGUGGCAAAAGAGACUCACAAGAACUUUUAGAUGAAGAGAAGAAAACAAAUGAAGCUGAUGACAGUAUUCAGAAUGAAUUUCUCCAAGGUGCUGUGGCACAUGAACCUAAGGAGCCAUACCAACAGAAGGAAGACCCAUUAGGAAAGGAACUAGGUGUGAAUGUUCUAGACUGUAGAGAACCUUUAAUACCAUUUGAAGAAUUUGUUAAUGAGCCUCUUAAUGAGCAUAUAGACAUCAGCACCGAUUAUGCAUACUACAAAACAGACUCUGAUUUGAAAUUUUCUUUUGUGACACAUAAUUUUAUAUUGACCACAGCGUCUAAGUACACGAGUAUGUACUUUGACAAUAGAAUCCGAAUGUUGAAUGAGAGAAGGACAUCUUUCUUACAUACAAUAGUUCAUGGCGGACCUCCAAUGCCGUAUCUUCGAAUUCGUGUUCGGCGUGAUCAUGUGAUAGACGAUGCCUUAGUUGCUCUGGAGAUGGUAGCUAUGGACAACCCUGGUGAUCUGAAGAAGCAGCUGUUUGUAGAGUUUGAUGGGGAACAAGGUCUAGAUGAAGGCGGUGUGUCAAAGGAGUUUUUCCAGCUGGUAGUGGAGGAGCUGUUCAACCCAGAUAUAGGUAUGUUUACAUACAACGAAUCAACGCACCACUUCUGGUUUAACCCAAUGUCCUUUGAGAAUGACGGUCAGUUCACCCUGAUUGGAAUUGUCCUUGGUCUGGCUAUAUACAACAGCUGCAUCCUUGACAUCCACUUCCCCAUGGUCGUCUACCGCAAGCUGCUUGGCAAGAAGGGCACGUACGACGAUCUCUGUGAUGUAGACCAGACUAUAGCCAGUAGCCUGACUCAGUUGCUAGAAUAUGCAGACGAGGACAUUGCUGAUGUGUUCAUGCAGACAUUCAGGAUCGGACAUUCCGAUGUGUUUGGCUCAAUACUCUCUCAUGACUUGAAGGAAAAUGGAAAUGAAAUAUUUGUCACCCAGCAAAACAAGCAGGAAUUUGUUGACCUGUAUGCAGACUUUAUCCUGAACAAGAGUAUAGAGCGCCAGUUUCGUGCUUUCAAGCGUGGUUUCCUGAUGGUGACAAAUGAGAGCCCUUUCCGCCUUCUGUUCCGACCCGAGGAGGUGGAGCUGCUGGUGUGUGGUAGCAAGGAUCUCGACUUCUUUGCUCUGGAGGAGGCCACAGAGUAUGAUGGUGGAUUCACCAAAGAUUCUGCUUCAGUCAAAAACUUCUGGCAAGUUGUGCAUAGUUUAUCAGAAGACCAGAAGAAGAAACUGCUGCAGUUUACGACAGGAACAGAUCGGGUACCAGUAGGGGGCCUGUCCAAGCUGAAGCUCAUCAUCGCCAGGAAUGGACCUGACUCAGACAGGUUGCCAACAUCUCAUACAUGUUUCAACGUUCUUCUUCUUCCCGACUACUCCUCAAAAGACAAACUUCAGGAACGACUGCUCAAGGCCAUAACUCACGCCAAGGGCUUUGGAAUGCUGUGAUCUUAGUGACAGACCCUUAGCUGCUCAGCUGCUAGCAAAGAUGUAGUCCAACUCACCUGCAUACCAGUCUUUCUUCACUGUGUUUAGUGGGAGAGCAAGUUCAAAACCAUUGUAGACACAAGACGCUCCCAGCUUCCUCCAAGUACGGAAUUUGGGGUGUGGAGCUGUUUCAUGAAUGACUUAAAAUGAUUUUGAAGCUGCGUUGAUUAUGUGCAAAUGAUUAAGGUAACCUAGUUCUGUGAUGCAAGACAUUGGACAUUUUUCCAGUUAAUUUAUGGUUUCGUUGAAAGCUCCAUAUAUUUGUUGUGUCUCAUCAGUGAAAAGGUGUACCUAAAAUAUUUACCUCCAUCGAUGGAAGUGCUGUGGGGUAGACGUGUGGUUCAAGUCAGCACACCAUAGACCCAGGUUCUUUUGCCCACUGGGUACACUAUUUGAAGCCUUUUUCAUGUCACGUGAAAUUGUUCCUGAAAGCCCUCAGAUAGUCUGCUAACGCCUGUACAUCCACCAUUGACUAAACACAAGAACAGGAACUCUCUUAUCCCAAAGUUGAUUUCUCAGAGUUACUGAAAUGUAUCAUUGAUCAUGUCAUAGUUGCCUAACAAGCAUACACACAAAGUGAAACUAUGGUUGCUUUUCUCCAGGUUGUCCCUCGAAUGAUGAAGGAUAUUAAGAUUUCUUACCAGGGUAUAUUAUGUUUUGGUGAAACAAAUCGCCAAGUUGUCUACCAACAUAAAUGUGCUUCCUGGAAUUCAGACCUGCUUUAAGUUGACUGAUAAGUUUCUCCUGUUACACACCAUGUAAGAAGCAUCAUUGGCAGAUUCUUCAUGCUCACUCAAAUUUGAUUUUGUCUCUCAAGUUUCUUUGUUUGGGUUCUCACUGAAUUCAUAAGUGCUGGGUCCAGUUUCAUAAAGCAAUCGUUAUGCCACUACUGUCAUAAGUCUAUGUUAGAGUAUAGGACUUAGGACAGGCAUAGCAUCACAAUUGCUGUGUGGAACAGAGCCUUUGAACUUUGUAUAUGCCAUGAUAUCAUGACACUCAGAUUCGCUGGUUAUGCUUUGAGAUUUUGAAGUUAAUUGAAGGGUGCUUUAGAAUCUGUCCAAUUCAGACUUUGACAAUGUUCCAUGUGAACCAGACUAAUUUUACAGUCCGUGCACUUAAUGUUGUGUGAGUUAAUUUGUUGGCAUGUAAGGUGUGUGACUAUAUAUAUACACUCUGGAUUCCAGAUUUAUUUUCUGAAAAAUACGUUUCAUUUUAUCAUGUAAUUGACACUCCCAACACAAGAUUUACUUACAUAUUUAAUAAGAAGAUUAAGUCAAUAUACUGUGAGUUAAGAGCACCUGAUACUUCCAAAAUUAGACUAAGUGAAUCUAACAGCAGAUACAGAGGCUAGGAAAAGAUGAAAUAGACUUGGUUCGACACUCAAUUGAUGAUAGAAUAUGCAUGUCACUCAAAUUAGCUGGACACAAUGUCUCACACAUGGCGUUAGACCCAGACUAGCAUUGUCUCGUCAGGGAUUUAUCUAAACAUGUUCACAGGCCAAUAUACAGUCCAAGUCUGUUGCAAAUGUCAGUUACAAAUCCCAAAUUGUAACUGUAAGUUCCCAGUUAUGUUUAUAAAGCUCCAGCUAGUGUUAUUGAUUGUAGAGGUGACUUGUAUAUAACUGAUGACAGGAAUUAGGUACAAUAUAAAGGAAAAGGCUUUAGUUUACAUUAUUGCAUUGAAUACAAUGUUAAAAUACAUCUUAACUUAAGAAAAUGAGAACUUUAAUGAUUUCCCAAUUUUAGACAAAAUAACAUUCCUUCCCAAUUUCCUGACAGUUUGGAAGCCCAGAUAAAACCUUGUAGGAUGUGCUACUCCUUUGUGCUGGCAUCGAGCACUGCUGUUCAAUGGAUCUAAAUCUUCAGUGAUGAACUUGUCUGGUUUAUACAGCCUGGACCCAUUUUAAGACAUGCAUAAACAGGGAAGAUGCAUAUUCGUUUGUUGUCAAUGCAAAAUGUUUGCUUCAUGUUUGCCAAUGCCUGCUGUGCUGAUGCAGCAUUAAGCAAUACUGUAACUGUCUUCAUAUGUUAACGUUUACCCAUCAUAGUAUUGCUGUAUAACUGGACUGAAAACUGGAUACCCUUCUGGUGUCAGUCCAGCCGGGGGCUACUGUGAAAAUCAUUCCUUGGUUCUUGUAAGGCUUAUGAAUUUUCCUCCCAAGUUUCCUGGUCGACUGUAGGCAGGGAUAGACACUGCCACUGGUCUGUUAGUCCAAGACUAGUCACAAUCUAGACUGACUAGAUGUUUAUCCCAAAAUAUAGUUCUUUUACAUAAGCACUAGUCGGAAGUCAAUUGCAGACUAGUUGGCUAUGACCAAUCGUGUCUACCCCUGAUGUAGGUACGUUUUGGUUUACCAAGUAUAUUUGAACUUGCUCUUCUAAUCACAGUGAGAUGGUCAUGCAUUACACUGUAUAAUAACACAAAUGACAAUUAUCAACUCGCAAGGUUAAAUUUUACUCUGUUGUAUGAUGAGCCUAAGCAAAGGAAUAUCUGGUUCUUUCUGUCUGAGGCUUUGAACCUAAUAGUGCUGUUUGUCACGUCGCUCGACAUAUCCUAUAAUAGCUGCUUCAGUGGUCAGUAUAUUGUGAGCUCUUAAUUGCGAUCAGUGUUCGAAGUAACUGUCAUGUGGCCAAUGAUACUGUAGCCAGACUAGAAAUUAUUCAGUAAGUUUAUUUUGCCUGUCCAUAUCAUGCUAAUGUAUUUCAAUCUAUUUCGGGUAGUUUAUGAUCAUUUGAAAAUUCUCAAUUUUGAUUUGAGUCCCAGAUCUAUUGCUAAAUCAAGGAUAUGGACUAUCAACAAUCUCUUGUCAGUGAGAGUAAUGUCUUUUCUCUGAAUAAAAUCUGUUGAGGUUUCUUUUAUGUGUUUCCUUACAUGUUUGGCUAUAGGGCUUUGUUGCAGGAUAGUACUUCUGAUAAGUCUCUAGUCUGUGGCCACUUAUGUGUUGUAGUUAUUUCGAACACUGAUUGCUGCCCCUAUACUAUGACAAACUAUUUAUUUUGUUAUACCAUGUCAUGUCUGAUGUGCAUUUUUAGUGCUAAAUGAAUAACUGUUAUGAAUAAUUAUUUAUAUUUGUGUGUCGGAGACCCUGUUCUCUGCAAUGUUUUAGAGAAGUUUAGUUUGUGUGUACUUUACAGAUUUAUAAACAGUUUCUGGCCUCUCUCUUGUCAGCUCUUUCACGGUCAUUCACCAGAUAAUGGGGUUCAGAUAGAAUUCCACAGUUAUGCAUGUGUCAUGUCCCUCCGAAAUCAUUGUUGGAAAAAGGAUUUUUCAUCUAUUUAUUAAUGAAAUCAGUUGAGUUGUUUAUUAUCAGCCUGAUUGUUAGAGUAACCUUUGUUCUUAGAUCCUCAGUUGUUAACUGUAUGUUAUGGGUUUAAUCAAUGUCUUUAAAAUCUGAUCCUUCGCUCUAUUUCUAUGGCUUUCUAUGUGGACAUCUAGGUCAUCUCAGAUGCACUUCCUAAUCAGCCAAUUAACAUGAUGGCUUCUAAAUUCUAAUGGAGGGUGUUUCACAUCUAGAUUUCGAUGUGAUUUUUUUUUGUCAACAAGUCUGUGAUUUUAAAUAGUAAUAACAAGAAAGAUGCAGCAAGACCAUUCUCACACACAGUAUUCACAGAGCUGUGUAUCUUUCACUUGGAGGAGACCUUUAAAGAAUUUUUUUUUACAAGUUUUUGAAGAUACUAGAUGAUCACAAUAGCAAACUUUCUCAAUUAUUGUCAGUAUUGUCUAGAAAAUACAGACUUCCUGAAAUUUCACAUUUUGCUUUGGAACAGGACAUACUAGAUGUUAUUUAUAAGUGCUUUGUAAGAUCUUCAGUGCAACAUGUUUUAUUUGACUUGUUCAGGUGUAUGAUAUGUCUUGGUUCCUAUUUAUUGACGUAAUUAAAGGAAACUCACCAUGCCUACUGGAUGCCAUCCACAGACAAAGUGAUGGAACACGAUCAAGCUAACCAGUAUUUCAGGUGGACACAAAACAGAUACAGAAAACAAAUGCUGGAGUAUGUGAUACCAUUAUAUUGUCAUGCUCACUUCGACACCGACAUGGUAUUAACUUUAGAGCUCAUUGUGUAUGCGGAAAUUUUAGCAUGCUGUCCAUAUCUGGAAAUAAACUGUGCCUUUUA